AUGAGUUGCCUUAUUAAAGGUUUUGCAAUAUGGUGCUAUCAAUGCACAGCGGCCACUCCUGGUUGUACAGAACCAUUUGAUUGGCGUGGAGUUGGUUACUUGGGCAACCCUUGCCCCGACAAUGAAGAUGUGUGUGUAAAACUCAUUGAGAGAAAAGGAGCUAGAGAAGUAAUAACGAGAGACUGCUUGAGUAAUUUCAAAGCAAUUAGAACUGACAUACCGGCUGAUACAUAUGAAGGAUGUCGUCCGGCAGUUAAAGAUGUCAAUUUGGCACAUUAUGUCAACAACACUGUAAAAGAAUUGGACUUAAGAAGAGAUUGGUAUGACCAGACAAUAUGGUGUUUCUGUUUCCUCGAUCAUAGGUGUAAUGAUGCAUCAGAAUACAAUGCCUAGACGUAAAAGAGGAGGAGAUCUUGCCAGUUCUACAGCGGCGGAAAAAAAAAGAAUAUCGAAGAAAUAAAACGGAAGAAGAGCACGAAGCACGUUUACAAAAUCAACGAACCAGAAUGAGCACCCUGAAAAGCAGAAAAAGCAAAGAAAGAAAAGAAAAUAUAAGUAUUGAAGAAUCGAGAAUUUUACAAUUUAUAUAUAUUGUUAGAAACUUUCCCACGACUCGGCCGCUCUACUCAGUGACGUCGUGCGACGGAGCGCCGAGGGCGGGGCAAUAACGCCGCGUGCGCCACGUCGCAUCAUGCGGUAGCAUCGCUCUCUUUGCUUCGAGCUCGCGGCAGCGACGGACGUACUCUCUAGUGCUAAUAGGACGCGUACUUGUACUUGUGUUGAUAAACAUUUAGUUGAUGUAAAUGAAUAAAUCUUGUAAGGUUA